AUGGAGAACACAUGUUUGAUAUGUGAAGAGACAGAGAAUAUGAUUACUGUAUUCAUAUGUAUUAUCAGAGGACAAAAGUCGGCCAUAUAUACAAGGCCCCGGUUUCCCCGAUAUCAUCCUUAUGAUGACGAUGUCCUAAUUCCUUUUGAGCUUGCUUCCUACAAUGAUGACUUGCCUUUAGAUCAAGCUGAUAAUCCCUCCUCCUCAAACCCGAAUUCUACUUCUUCUUCUCCAGUAGCAAAUGAGCUGCUGGAGGUGAAAACCUACACAGAAUUCCCAGCCGUCUCGCGGUCCAAUGCUCCUGAUAACUUCACAGUGUUGAUAAACCUCAAAGCUCCUGAUGCCAUUGCCAGCAGAGAAUCUUCAUCAUCUCGUGUGCCGGUUGACCUAGUUAAUGUUCUUGAUGUGAGUGGAAGCAUGGCUGGUUCCAAGAUUGCAUUGUUAAAGCGGGCUACGGCUCGGUGCGUGUUUCCGCUUCGUAGGAUGUCUGGAUCAGGAAAGCAGCAAGCGCUGGAAGCUGUUAACAGUUUAACGGCUGGUGGAUCGACAAACAUAGCUGAAGGCCUGCGUUUGGGUGCCAAGGUGAUGGAAGAUCGGAGACACAAGAAUCCGAUUUCCGGUAUUAUUUUGUUAUCUGACGGAGAAGAUAUAUGUAGAUUCAGUAGCAGUAGGGGAUAUGGUAACAUAUAUAAGCAUCCUGAUUACCAACAACUUCUUCCACCUUCAUUCAACAAUGAAAAGAGCUCUAAUUUUAAGGUCCCGACGGCAAGCGAGAUUCAGCAUGCCUUUGCUCAGUGCAUUGGUGGCCUUUUGAGCGUUAUGGUCAAGGAGCUUCAGGUGAAGAUUGAGUCUAUUCAUUCUAGAGUGAGCCUUUGUGGUUUGAAGUCCGGAAGUUAUUCCAAUCAAAUCACCCCAGAUGGUCGGAUGGGGAACAUUGAUGUCGGAGACUUGUACGCUGAAGAGGAGAGGGAUUUUCUGGUUGCGGUUAAGGCUCCAUCUAAAACUGAAACCAAAACUACUACAUUGUUGAAUUAA